GGACUCCGCGUUUAGUUAGCUUCUUGGUUGGUUGGCGUCCACUCCAGUCGACUUUUAAUUAGACAUCUAUCGCGUUAUCGAGAAAGGGCGACUCGGUUCCAUAAAAUUGCACAAGUUGGAAGGACAUUCAUAUGUAGAGGGGACUGGAACACGUGCUCACCAGCUGUACUGUUGGCAAUCGUUUAAACCUGGCCGACCUUGACAACACUGCCCAAGAGACUGGGAUGGGGCAACAUCUGGCGUACGCGAUACCGCUGCCUCCGUACGGCUGCAAGUCCCCGAACAACCCCGAAGUUUGCCGCCAAACCUUGCACACAACGGCAGCUUGUGCAUUGCGAUUUUCACUAGAUAGCAGCACCAGCCGUACGACUUGGCAACAGCUGGCGAGGACUGCAGACGACUCUGAGCAUCGAUUUGUUUGUGAACGAUCUGCGUUUGGAGGCAGCGAAUGAGUGAUUAGUGAAUUUUUUCUGCAUGAUUUUUAUGCUUUGGUGUAAUAAACUUUGAGCUUUGUAAACAAAACGUAUACCGUUCAGGUAAUAUAUAAAUUGUUUAUUGACAUUUCCGUGGACGUUUGACAGCCGUAAGAGCUCUGAUAAUCAACAAUGGAUUUGCGUUUUUGUCAGAUGUCAAGCCACUGGAAUUAAUUUGAUAAUAUAUCUGUUGAUUCAGAUGUUUAAAGUGUCAGCGUACUUUGUUUGAGGACAUUGAACUGUUUCACUACAUAACAUAAAAGAAAUGAAAUAACUCAGUGGAAACGAGAUUAGGUAUAACUGUUAAGAAGUCGAGGUUCUUGAUACUCCACCUCGCAUUUCAUAAAAGUUCUUCACACGCCUCAGGAGUAAGUCUUGGAUGAUAAGGCAGUAAGGAUUUUCGAACAAAGGAUUGCAACACAAACACAGCUGUAAUGUACAGAAUGAACUACAUUGGCAAGUUCAUUAGCAACUUCCGAGACUUCUACAACGAAAUCAAUGCAGCAACUUUGACAGGAGCCAUCGAUGUGGUGGUUGUAGAGCAGCCUGAUGGAAGCUUCACGUGUUCCCCAUUCCAUGUUCGUUUUGGGAAGCUGGGUGUCCUCCGCAGCAGAGAAAAAGUGGUUGACAUUGAAAUCAAUGGAGAGUCACUUGAUAUUCACAUGAAACUUGGGGAUUCAGGCGAGGCAUUCUUUGUGGAGGAAGUUACUCCUAGUGAGCUGGGGGAUGAUGAGGUCAUUCCACCACACCUUGCUUGCUCUCCUAUCCCUGAUGAUAAUUUUCUCCUCCAUUUUCAUGGAAGGGGAGCCACCAUUACUGAGAUACAUGACAACACCAUAAACUUGCAUGAAAAGAAUGUGGAUGUCACAUACAGCCUUCAAGAAAGCAGAUGUGAGGGCAUCCAGAAUUACGAAUCAAAUGUUGAUUCUAGUCAAGUACAAAGCCAAAUGUCUAGUCGUGAUGGUUCUGCAGAGAGCUGUGUAACCAAAGAAAAUGUAGAUUUGCAGAAACAUGUAAUAACUGCUGGUACUUCUGUGCCCAAAACAUUUUGUGCAGAGACUGUCACUAAUGAUGAUGAAUUGGAGAAGGUUCAUCGUAUCAACAUUGCAGCUGCUGAUUUUCGUCCCAUCUCAUUAAUUGUGGAAGAAGGUGUUUCUGCCAUAAAAGGUGAUGAAGAUUUAUUGGUGGAAGAUUCAUUAGAUGGACAAAAUGCCACAGAAGAAUCCAGUUCAUGUCAAGAACAGAGCUCAAACUCUAGCCAUGGCUUGGUGGCAAAGGAAAAUAUAGUGCCUGGUAGUGAAGAUCUUGCCAAGGCCAAUUCUGGAGGGAAACGAAAACGACGUAAAAAGUCGUUCAUGAAGAAGAAGGCUGCAGCGCAGAGGAAAUAUGGAGUAGGAUCAAACAGUCAGAUCGAACAUAUGGAGGCAAAUGAUGCCAACGGACUGCUGAAGGCCUCGGUUGAAAUGCAGCAAACUGUGACCGAUGACUCGUCAGAUCAAGGCAUAUUCCAGAUUGAUGAUCUGAAUGGCCAGGCUGAAGCAGGAUCGUCUUCAAAGAGGGGACCAAGUGGUCACUUGGGUGGCAACAUCAUCAGUAAUACGGAGAGCACCAUAUACAAUUCUGCCGUGGAGUCCGGUUUGACAACGUCAUUGGCGGUCGGUCAUGGAACUGCUGCAAGUGCAGUCUCUGGUGUGGCUGGUCCACGAAUGGACACGGCUGGUGAGCUGGCGCGGAUACAGCAUGCUUCUAGUGAGACUGAUUUCCACUUCUUCAGUGACACUGAUGCUACUCCUGGCUGUGGUUGUGGUGUUCAGGGUUGCAGGAUUCCCAUCGCGUUCUCUGACCCCACCUUCGAAGUGCUAACAGCUCGUGGACACUUACCCCAUGACUCACGGCCUUGCUCGCCUGUUCAGUCCGAUACAGAGUUUGAAAUCAAUCGUCAGUCAAAAGCCGUAAGCGAGGAAGAAGACGAGGGGGCUAGGAAAUCUGCUCUGCAUGGACAGUCAUGGAGGUGGGGCGAACUGCCGUCACCUCCACCACGGUCGCUGCUCACAUCGCACAACUCACAGAUGUCUGUUAACGCAGUGGAGCUUGCUGAUCCUGAGCCAGUUUUGUCUAGUGAGAGGGAAGGGAACAUAAGGCAACAGGAAGUGACCGCAGCAGAGGCUGAAGCUCAGCGCUCGAUGCUAAGCGGAAUGUUCAGCUUCAUGAAGAAGACCAAACGGAUCAGGCACAAUCCAGAAUCGGAGGGCAUUUACCUGUCAGAUCUGAAUUCAGAAGAGUUGGAUCCAGAAGUUGCAGCUCUCUACUUUCCUACCUCUUACCGUCAGGGUGGGCACGCAGCCCACCAUGCUUCAGUGGAGACACGAGAUGAGGAAGAUGCAGAAUCUGGAAAUGGAACUUCACUCCCACAUUCUCCGCACAGUGUGGAGGGAGCUAUUGGUGGUCCAAAAUCCUUGGAUAGUGCUUAUGAAGAACUAAAACAUUCUGAUUUUGAAAAGAAGUCUUAUGGUGAGAUAUCUCUGUCUUUGUGUGGAGGCCUGACAGCUGCUGAUGGGAACAUGUCAGGCCCCACAGAGGACAGUUUCCUGCAGGGUCUUGUAACCUACAGUGAUCUGCUUCAGAAUCCCAAGCUAAUCGACAACCCAGAUCUUGUGGCGAGAUUCAAUGGAAAAUACUACAAUUGGAAAGUGGCCUGCCCACUUGUAAUGUCACUCGUGGUUUUCCAGAGACCUCUGCCUCAGGAUGUGGUAGACAGCUUAGUGGCAGAAUAUAUGCCCGUAGAGGGGAAGAAUCAAAAGAAACCUGCAAACCAGCAGGAAGCAAGCAGAGGAACCAGAGGUUACUCAUCGUGGUUCUACUGGCGCCGCCCUUCCGAACCUAAGAAGAUCUCGUCUAACCUCUGUACCAGUGAUGUUUCAUCUCCAGAGACUGAGAAAGUGUCUGAUGUCAAGGAGGUGGUGACAUCAGAGGGCGAGCAGCAGAGCGUGUCUAGGUUAGAAGGAGAGAUGACAGAUGAAGGUCACAUAAAACAAAGUGAAGAAGUGUCAGUCGAUAUUCCAGAUGGUGCUGAUUUGUUUACCAAGAUGGAUGAAACAGGAGUCGCUGAUGAGAACAAGCUCCAUGAUGAUCCUGUACACUUGGAUAGGCAGAAGGAGGUGAAGGAAGAAGGGUACAGUGGAUCCAACUCAUCAGAUGAGUCAGACAGUGGCCGGUCCAAAUUACAGAGCGUGAAGCUGCCUAUACAGAGACGCAGUUACUAUGACCACACAGAGAAAUAUCGUAAAACACUGCGGCUUUCGUCUGAUCAAAUUGCAAGCCUGAACUUGAACGAAGGUGCCAAUGAAGUGGUGUUUAGUGUAACAACGGCAUAUCAAGGCACUACAAGAUGCAAGUGUCAUAUAUACAAGUGGCGCUUUGAUGAUAAGAUUGUCAUCUCUGACAUUGAUGGCACCAUUACCAAGUCUGAUGUUUUGGGUCAUAUCUUGCCAAUAGUGGGCAAGGACUGGGCUCAGAGUGGGGUGGCCCAGCUCUUUACAAAAAUCAAGAACAACGGUUACAGACUUCUUUACCUCUCUGCUCGGGCAAUAGGCCAAGCUCGUGUUACACGGGAGUACCUGAGGUCAAUCAAGCAGGGUGAUCUGUCUUUGCCUGAUGGUCCGUUACUUCUGAACCCCACCAGUCUUAUUAGUGCAUUCCAUAGGGAAGUAAUCGAAAAGAAACCCGAAGAAUUCAAGAUCUCUUGCUUGAGGGACAUCCAGGCUCUCUUUCCAGUCAACAGCAAGCCCUUCUAUGCUGGCUAUGGGAACAAAGUUAAUGAUGUGUGGGCAUAUCGGGCAGUUGGCAUUCCAAUCUUUCGUAUCUUCACCAUAAAUCAUCGUGGCGAGCUGAAGCAUGAACUAACACAGACAUUCCAGUCCUCGUAUUCCAACAUGAGUUACAUUGUGGACCAGAUGUUCCCACCUCCCCCAGAGGACACCUCAGAGGACUUCUCAAACUUCGUAUACUGGCGCGACCCAAUUCCUGACUUGGUGGUAGAUGCUCAUCUCCAUCCGCCUGUAAAUGCGAGCACGACUGAAGAUACACGCAUGGCUGUUGCUUCAAAGUGAAGCAGUAACGUACGUGUACACUUGAUAGACCAGUCUGCCUAUAGCAUUAAUUUUACUGGCACUGAAAGAUAUUUGUUAUGGUAUAGCAGAGGUGGAUAUUAAUAGUCAGCUAUGUCUACUAUAAGCUGCUGUGAGUUAUCUUGCAAUAUAUAUGUUAAUUAUGUCUGUGUCUUGUUAACUGGUAUUGACAGUGGGAGGGAAUUUAUGUUUGAAGAAAAAUAAGUACAUUGCCAUUUGUUAAAUUGAGUUUUGUUAAGUUUGUGAACUGGCUUAACAUAAAUUGAGUCCUUGUGUAACAGGAAGUUGUGCUUUGCAUGUGGGAUCAUAUAUUUAAUGUGCUUAAACUGUCUUUGCCUGCCAUGAAUAUGUAGGAACAUAAAAUUGUGAUAGUGUGAUAAAAACUCGUAGCUUAUGACGUUAACCCAGUAUUUACAUGUGAUAAAUAUUGCCUGUGGUUGAGUUCAGCAAAAAGAUCACUGAUAGGUUGCAUAAUUAUUUAGAAAUUAAAACAGUGACAACUCUAGUUUGUAGUGCAUAUAAUUAUGUGUUCAGUCGUAAUACAAUAAUACAGUGUUGCUAGUUAUUUCUUUAUUAUUCUGUGGUUAAUUUUGAGGUUGUAUUUUCUAAAGUUCCUAUUCCAGUGUUAGUCGAGGGACUACUGAGUUAUGUAAACAUUGCAUGUAAGAAACAAAUUAUUUAUCAGAAAGUGCAGGAUGGCUGAAAGUUGCGAUCGGAUGGUGUGGCAGAUGUGACACCGGAAUUCGGGUUUAGCGUGAAAACAUUUUAAUUACAGUGGAACAUGAUACCGGCGCAUGUUACGGAAUCAACGUAUGUCAAACCACUCGGGACGCAGCUCUCAGCUGUCCAACUGAUUAGUGUGGUCACCACCACUAGCAACAUGUAAUUGAAUUCAUCACCAGUUGUGCCAGGAGGCCUGUUAGAGAACUUCUGGUGUAAUGGUGUUGAAGAUACAGCGAAUCUCACCUUCUAAGUCAACAUCAUAGUGCACGUGAAUUGUGCAAAGCUCGUUCAUUCGUAAUAGACCAUAACCAGGUGUCACUCACAGUCAUUUAGGGACUUCUGGGAGGCCAGAUGGAUAAGCGGUCCAUGUCACCCAAACCAUGGUGGAAAUUGGUGGUUCAGGAAAUAGUGCGUGCAGCUCACAUCAUAAUAUGAUGUUCGUAGCUAUGCUCCAUCAAAGAUGUGGAUUUUGUUUAGCCCAGAUAUGAACAUUUUUAGGACCCGGCACUGAGAUAUACCACACGUUUAUCACCGAAUGUAACGUUACAAUGGGAUGCUAUGGGUCGGAAGGUAUCCAAUAAGGUUGCGUGUGUCUGUUGCCGCACGUCCACGUUGUCAUCACUUCAUUUGUCGAUAAAUGUUGGCGAAAAGUUAUGGUAGCCUUUCUUCCUCUUCAGAUGUUGUAUGGAGUGUUUUGGGAUCAGGAAUUCUGCAAAUGAGUCCUCUGUUAAUUUUCUGGGUGAUUGAAGAACCGCAUACUCCAGAUGAGCACUGAAAUUUGCAUAUUUCUUCGGUCGUCCACUACAUUUUGCAGCUAACACGGAACUGGCUAGGAACUUUUUUCUCCUAGAUUCGCCUCAGUUGGAGUUGUAUUAUUAAAACUCUAGGCAAAUUUUGCUCUUAUUUCUUCAUACCUUUGACCCCACCCUCCCUUGUGAACCCAUGCACUUCACAAGCUAUUCCUCGAUGGUGAGCGGACUUGGGUCCGCCAUGCACAGUAUCAGAACACCUUAAAACUUAAGAGAAAGUAAUUGUCAUGUAAAACACGCGCAUUUAAAGGAAAAUCAGCCACAAACCUGUGAAUUCCUGCCGUGGCAUGUCGCUCAUGACCUGCCCUUCACCUCAUGUUUCUGGCAGUCUCUCUCCCACCCCUCACGUAGUUUUUUUUAUGUAGUUCGGUUAAUCAUUCGUUGCACCUCAUAGACCAUCCAGUCAUGAUUGAUGGCUGUACCUACAGACGCAGUGAAGCUUUCUUAUCCUUCAAUGCUAAGGAUGUGCUACUUCGCUACGGUUUGUCUAAACGAGGUGAACGCGUUAUCGUGCGUCGUGUUAUGUUUAUAAUGGAGAUGCCAUUACAAAAGCCACGUUUUGUGCAAACUGAGGUCACAAAAUCAAAAUACAUGAAACGUUUUAAAAAAAAAAAUGCUUGUAUACUGUAUGUUGAAAUGUAAGAAGUUCUGUGUGCUUUAUAUUUCUUAAAUUUAAAUCUAUUGUGUUCAUGCGUUACUAAUCCCUCUGGUGGAACACUACAGUAUUGUCAGAUUGUACGCACUUGAUCCUCCUGUGUUAUUUUAACUAAGACCAGCUGUUGGUGCACUGAAACAUGACAUGAGAUGACAUGACGUGAUGUGUAGCUUAUGUAACUGUACAAGGUUUUGUUCUCUUUGUUGUAUUCAGAAUAUUUAUUAAUGUACCUAAUGUGAAGUAAAUAAAAUAUUGUGCAAGUAA